AUGGUGAUGAUCCUGGAGUCUCCUGCUGAAGUAGCUGAGCGAGCUGAUAGAGUCAUAACUAUGCUGCCAUCGAGCCCUCAUGUGAUUGACGUUUACACUGGUCCAAAUGGCAUUUUAAAACAAGUUAAGAAAGGCUCAUUGCUAAUUGAUUCGAGCACCAUCGAUCCAGCUGUUUCUAAAGAAAUGGCCAAAGCUGCAGAAAAGAUUGGAGCAACGUUCAUGGAUGCGCCUGUAUCGGGAGGUAUCGGGGCUGCACGGGCUGGCAACCUCACUUUCAUGGUCGGGGGAUUGGAAGGAGAAUUUAAUGCAGCCAAAGAAUUGCUGAGCUGCAUGGGAAACAAUGUGGUUUACUGUGGAGAGGUUGGAACUGGACAGGCAGCAAAGCUCUGUAACAACAUGCUUCUAGCUAUCGCCAUGAUUGGAACUGCUGAAACAAUGAAUCUGGGAAUCAGGCUAGGGCUUGACCCGAAGCUUCUGACAAAAAUUGUGAAUAUGAGUUCGGGUCGAUGCUGGUCAAGCGACACCUACAACCCUGUACCGGGAGUGAUGGACGGUGUCCCUUCUGCUAAUGAUUAUCAAGGUGGCUUUGCAGCAGCGUUAAUGGCGAAGGAUCUGGGACUAGUACAAAACAUAGCAACGAACACUAAAACCCCUGCUUUGUUAGGAACACUGUCUCAUCAGAUUUACAGGAUGAUGUGUGCAAGGGGAUACGCUCAGAAAGACUUCUCUUCGGUAUUUCAGUUCCUGCGUGAAGAGGAGAAUAUUUAAACUUGACCAACACCAAAAUGCGUCUUGAGAAAAUAAGCAUGGGAAUGUCAGUGAGUGUUCAAGCAACUUCAGUUGUCCAACAAAAAAAUGACAGGAUAAUUCUAUAGUCAUAAAUCAUGGUCCCAGAGCGGCUGCUUAGUUUCUUAGCGAACAGCUUGUGUAAUUUUGCACCCAGAAUUCCCUGAUCUAACUGUGUGGAAUUAGAUGAUGAAAAAAUUUUGAAACUGAAUUGCAAGCAAGAUGACUAAGCAGUUUUGAGACUGUUACACUCUAUGUAGGUUUACUCUAUUAUACAGGAAAUGAUAAGAAAGUUAGCCUUUGGUUUGAACUUCUUUACCAAUUACUUCACCAAAACAUGAUAAAUUAUGAAUUUUCAUUUUAACUUUGAUUUGUUUACCUAAAUAAUACAUUGCCAGCAUCAAUUAUAAAUAGAUGGCAACUAUUAAGUUUUCUUUUACUCUUCAAUUAAUGUGAUUUUAAAUUGAAAUAAAAUUCUACUACUUACUUACUAAAUGCAAUCAUCUGAGUUUUUUUUUGAUACAAUUCGGAACCUUUAGCCAUUUUAUUAUGAGUUCCCAAGGUUGGUCUUGUUCUCUGAUCCAAGUCCACAGGAAAAGUCAUUUGAAGUGUCUAAUCUCAUGUCAUAUAUGACCCUUACAAACUGUUAGAAGACUUUCACCUCCUUAGCCUGAUUGUGGAAGUGAGCCUGAUCUUAAAGAAAAUAGAAAUUGGCUGUCACUGAUUAUAAAUGGAAAUAUUUUUUGUAUUCUUAGAUCCUUUCCUAUUACACAUUUGAAUAUGUAUUUGUCAGUUUGAACCGUCCAACUUUACCGCAUGCUUUUCUAUCUAAACAAAUAAAUAUUGAAUUUAUGAA